AGCAAGGACUCUGGUGAGGGCGGCCUUGGGCCUGGCCCUGUUCUUUGGGCUCCCCUGGGCCCUCCCAAGGGCUUGGAAGCCGGCUCCAACCAGCAAGGCGCCCUGGCCGCCUCUAGGUGUGGCCGAGGGUCUUGUGUCAAGUGCAAUAAAGAACCCGGGCCCUCUAGGCUGCCGUGUGUGUGUGUGUGUCCCUCUAGGCUGCCGUGUGUGUGUGUGUGUGUGUGUAUGUGUGUGUGUCCAGUGUGUGUCCAUCCAUCUGUGAAUGAAAGUGGUGCGUCGCGGGGAAGUGGUCGCCUCCGCAUUGGUGUCGGGGUUAUGUAGUUCCCCGCGUGUCUGUGUGUCCAUCGUGUCGGGGUUAUGUAGUUCCGUGUGUGUGUGUGUGUGUGUGUGUGUGUGUGUGUGUCCAUCUGUGAAUGAAAGUGGUGCGUCACGGAGAAGUGGUCACCUCCGCGUUGGUGUCGGAGUUAUGUAGUUCCCCGCGCCAGGCGCCAUGGGCGGACCCAGGCGCCAUGGGCGGACCCAGCCACCCCUGCCGCCAGGGGGCGUCCGCGGGAUCCCGGCGGGAGCGCGCGCCACGUGGCCCGGAAACGUGCUGGGCGUCGGAAACGUGCUGGGCGUCGGCGUGGCCGCGAGGCCCCGCGAGAUGGGCGGGUUGCUGCGGGAGGUGGGGGCCGUGAGAGGGCCGCGUGGGGCUGCGUGCUGCGAGGUGGGAGGCGCAGACCGCGCGGACGCGGGGCACGGAGCUGCUGGCGUGCGCUGCCCUCCUCCCAAGACAAGGCAUGUUCCCCGGGCCGCCUCGGCGGUGGGACGCGGCCAAAGAGCAGGAGCUCGAGGAACAUGGCCCUUCGGCCGGCAGUGACCCCGAGGAGGCCUCGACCUCUGGAGAGGAAGCCCUGGGGGAGCCAGGAGCUCCCCCACAGGACAGACUCCCUGCGCCGGGCACCCUCGGCCCUGCCUGGGAAGUACCCGAGGGAGGCUGUGACCGGUGCACCUCAGUACCUCCCGCUCCCAGCCCACAGCCCUGGUCGCGAAGGCCCUCCUGGAGCCGGAGAGAGCAGCUGCUGCCCCGGCCCCCGCCAGGCCUGGCUGCGGAGCACUCCCCGGGAACCCCAGUUGCCCUGUCCCCCCAGAUGGCCUGGGAGGUGGCUCCCUCAAGGAUGACCGUGUUAGCACCGUGGGAUCCCAACUACAAGGCUAAAGCAGGACCCCAGCAGGUGUGGUGUUUCGUCGUGCCCCCUCCACAGGGGCCCACCUGUUCAUCUGGCACCUCCUUCUCAGGCCGGACUUUGUGUCAUCCCUCACUGUGGCCGCUGUACGAGGCAGCCUCAGGCCGGGACCUCAGGUCCCUGGCCUCUGCAACAGGACAUCAGAAUGGAGAGCAUGUGCCCAGGGAUGCAGGGUUCCCGGUGAUGUGCUGUGAAGAUGUCUUUCUUUCAGAUCCUCUGCUGCCACGUGGGCAGCGUGUUCCCCUGUACCUCUCGGAGGCCUCUCAGCAGGUGAUGGGCUCUCUGAAGUUGCUGCUCCCACCUCCUAUCAUGUCUCCCUGGGUGCUCCGCACUCCAUCCCCUGGCUGCUCUACUGCCUGGCUCAGUGGGCCUGAGCUCAUCGCCCUCACUGGCCUCCUGCAGAUGAGCCAGGGGGCUCCUAGACCUGUGGCUUCGGAGGCUCCCACGCCCCCUGCUGGCCCCCCAGACCCUGUAUCUGACCACGGAGGCCCCAGCAGUGGCCCCAGCUGUUCUCACUGCACUGACCCAUCUGCCCCUCAAACCCCAGACACCCAUUGAACAUACCCCUUCUGGGCACGGAGUGGGUCUCCUACUCCCCCAGACAGGUUCUGUUGAACAAUAAAAGUGUUGGUUUGCAAA